AUGUUGAGAUAUUUCCUCGCACCUACGCGUGAAACGCCGCCAGACACCUUCAUAAGGCUGGGCAACAUCAUCGAACAACCGCACUUUGCGGAUCAGCCUCUCAAUGAAGUCCCACUCCCAAUCGAUAAAGUCACUGUAAACCCUGAAGCAAGGAGAGCAAAGUUUAGUUUCGGCGAUACCAAAACAACCACCAUUGGCAUUUGGGCUACGUUUCUCAUGCAAAUCCUGGGCGUUGGCGGUGAUGUCAACACACAGAUCUCCAGAGGGACAACGGAGACCUGGGACUGCGACACAAUUAAGACGAUUUCCUUCGAGCCGAGCAUUGCAUACAUCAAGAAAAGUGUCGAAGCCACGGCUGUCAAGCAGUACAUUCAAGAGCGCCGACAUCGGCCAUGGGACACCAAGCUCUACAUGAUCACGGGGAUUAAGAUCGCGUACGGUGCCAAAGGUACAAUCAGUCAUGCGCGUAGCAAAGGUAUACAUCUGCAUCUUGGUGUUGAUGCUACAUCUUUGGGUGCGCCGAUGCAAGCUGGUCCAGAUAUAGGGGUUGAAAAGGGUCGCAAUGUGACACAGGAGAUUGGCGAUAAAGAUCCGUUUGUGCUUGGAUUCCGCAUACAGAGGAUCAAGGUAUCGAUUAAGGGGCGAAUUAGACAGGAACGCGUUGAAGAUGGCGAUAUGCUGGGCGUUGACGACGAUCUUGAGGAUGGAGAGCGGGUAGAGCUUGUGAUUGAUGGACUGGAGGACGCAGACGCGGAUGCGGAGGAGUUUGGUAUCGAGAGCUCGUGGACAGCAGCUACGAAUCGCGCAUCAUACCUCGAAAGCUUGUCUCUUCUCCUUAUGGAAGCUGGUCAAUCGACAAGACAGCACUCAGAUCUGGCGUUGUUGUAUCCUCGUUCAAAAUCAUUACAAUCGUACAUCAUCGAAUUCUUCAUUGUUGUGGUACAGACAUGUUUUCGAUACCACCGAUACCUUCAGAAGUCUGCAUUGGGAAAAUUCACAUCCUCACUCAAUGAUUCCGAUAUCAAAGAGAUGCGGUCGAAUCUUUUGGUGUGGUCAAAAUCGAUUCAAGUGGAGAUCACGAUACUCAUCGCAAGAAGAAUCGAAACAGAAGCGGAGUGCAGUUCGCGAUUCAGGGCUAUGAUGGAUUUGAAUUCGAAGAGCACUUCUCAGCAACAGAAGCAGAUUGCACUUCGAAAAAUGUUGGACCGCUGCUCAACUCACGAUUACGAAACCACGUGGAGACAAAUUCGAAAGGCGGGCAAUACAAACUUGUAUGCGCAAAUGCCUGAGUAUGUCGAAUGGGCAAGAGGGUCCGAUCCUAAAACACUCAUUUUGGUUGGCAAACUCGGAUAUGGGAAAUCCGUAACACUUGCGAAUAUUGUGGAUGAUAUCAACUUACGGAUCGAUACUAGCGUUUCUGGAUUGGCGUACUUCUUUUGCCGACAUGACCUUCCUGAAAGUUUGGUAGCGAGGACAGUAAUUGGUGCACUCAUACGCCAGAUCAUCAGCCUAUUCUCACACCUCCUAACCGAGACGGAAGCUACCAAUGCUUAUGAUCUCUCUCAACUCUACGAUUUGAUGUGUCACAUUGUCCCCCCUAAGCACAUUAUUUACAUCAUACUUGACGGCCUGGAUCUGUGCUCUCCUCUGGAACGAAAAGCAAUUACCGAGCAAUUGGACAUGCUAAGAAUGCGAUUCAACACACGAGCCUGCGUUUCUCGCCGUCUAGAACCGGAAAUAGAGCUACAUUCUUUCGCCACAGAGUUUCCAGAAGCUAAGGCGGUCAGACUUCCCGAUAAUAAUUCGGACAUUCGAGCAUUCAUAAAAGUGCAACUGGACACUGCUAUAUCAAGUGGAUCCCUGGCCCUGGGAAAUCCCGUCCUUAUCCUUGAUAUAGAAAACACACUUUUACAAGGCUCACAGCAUAUGUUUCUCUGGGUUACUCUUCAGAUCCAAUCGAUCUGCAUGAUGCAAACCGAUCACGACAUUCGAGAAGCGCUUACAGAACUACCGCAAGAUCUCUCAGGGAUCUACAGCCGGAUAUUAAGGCAAGCAACAAGACCAGGUCAGCCUUUACAGUCAGACAUAUUCAAGCUUAUCUUGAGUGCGAGGCGGCCACUUACGACACAGGAGAUGCGGGAAGCUUUGAGUGUGACACCGGGAAACACCAGAUGGGACCCAGCCAAAAUACUCAACAGCAUAUAUCCGGCACUGACAUCCUGCGGUUGUCUUAUCACCAUCGACGAAGAAGAGCACACAGUACGUACAGUACAUCCAAGUGUAAACCAGUUCUUACUUCAAGAAAACCCUACAUCGCCAACUAUGAUUCAUGGAAUACCAUUUGAGCCAGAGGCUGCGCAAGCCCUGAUGUCAUCGAUAAUCAUCACCUAUCUCAGUUAUGAGAUUUUCGGAACAGAACUCACAGUCCGUCUCCCUACACUCGAUGUAGGAACAGCGCCCUCUCACAUCAUCACUUCUAUGACGGGCACACGCAAAAGUGUCCAAGCUAUGGCCCUGAAGCUCUUGCGAUCGAAAGGGCAAUCCAACUUUGAUGUUUCCAAUGCUCUUGCAAAAGGAUUCAAGCAGAUUCCUUCUGACAUGGAAUCUUACAACUUCCAGCACUAUGCAAAAGCGCAUAUCAUAGAACACUUGACAGGUCUUCCGAUGCUAUUGUGCUCUGUUCCGGAAAACUUCUUCCGAUAUUUCGAACAAGACACAAUACCUGUCACAUCGUUGAAGGAAGCAAUUGGCUUACUCUGGGCGUUGCUUCAACCGCCUAGUCGAUGGCCUUGCGAUGAAGCCUACAGAAAUGGUCUGCAACUUUUCGGGUCAAAUUCCAAACGUAUUCAGCAUAGUUCUUUGUUUAGCGAAAUGUUCUACUACGCUAUCGAGACUAACCGUCUUCAUGCAAUCAGGUACUUAUUGGAUCUGUACACUCCGUUGUUCCUAGAUUACCAUGCCGCAAUUGUGGAUCCUGGAAGCGUCCUCUACCGUUAUCCAGUGCUCGCCGAUAUCAUGGAGACGAUAAGCCAGUCACCGAAUAUCUCACCAUCUCGCGACGAUAUCUCAGCUAUCCUUGUCGGGCUUGCGCCACUGUGUCUUGCUAUCUCAACGUCUCGGGACGAUGCUGCUCAGCUCCUCAUCAACAAUGAAUUGAUAGAUCUCAACUGUAGCGACGAUUCAGACUCGGGUGUAUGGUCAAGACCGAUUGGCGUUGCCACCAGUAUGGGAAACAUCAAAAUCGUUAGAGCCUUGCUCUCAACGGAUCACGCGGAGCGAUUCAUACUGUCAGAAGAUGAAGGAUUAGAGCUAUCUGAAACAAUAGACAAUGCCAAUACCGUGUUGUUGAUUCAGGAUUACAUUAGGGCAAACUCGUCGCUACCAGGUCUUCACAGGGUUAAAAGAGUUAGCAACCAGGUUCGCGCGCUUCACGGCCAUUCAUACCCGACGUCACACUACACGUUUUCAGUAUUAACCUCCGCACUCCCGCCCACCCAUCCGCCCCCCGGCUCAGCCAUCAGGAAGCCAUUUGUGUUCUAUACGGCCCAAGCUAUCGUCUACACCCAGCCUGACUCAAUCGCUGAAUGGAAGCUAUUAGCCGAGGGCGAAGUUGUCGACUCGGCAUGGGAGGCGGUAGAGAGCCUUUACUGCAAGUUGCAAGAGCAGGUUGGAGAAGUGACGCAUCCCAUGAGCCCAGGUGAGUCGUGGGACGGACAGGAGAUUGUUGAUGACAUGAUGAGUGAGACAUGA